AUGAAACAUUGGAUCCAGAAAACAGUCCUAAUAGGUGGAGCCUUCAGCCUUGACCAUAUUGCUAACCUCCUGACUUCUCUACUUAUGAACAAAAACACAAAGUACCUUGGUGGUCUCAGGAUUGCCCUAAAGUUCAACCACUCAACUGAUGCAACUCAAUUCCUGGAGGAUAACACUAGAUGGAAAGAUUGGUUCCAAAAAUUAUCAAGAUCAGAUCAUUAUGAACUUCCCUACGAAAGAACUGCUUGCCAUAUCAUCACCAAACGCGACUUCUCUAUGGGAAAAGUAGGUGUAUUAACGACCGAAAAGAGAUGGAUAAAUGAGACGGUUAACAUCAUGGCAGAUGGCAUAUCCUUCACAGUGGGUGUUGUAGAAUACAUCGAUGACUGGUCUCCUUUCCAUCCGGUCCCAUUCGACAAAGUGGUGGAGGAAUCGGAAGAUGAAGCGGAGACAAAAAAUGAAGAUGACGAGGACAGGAUCUCCGACACAUACAUGCAAGAUGACGCCAACGAGCCAUAG